AGUCAGUCARUAGGUCAGUGUGUCCGGGUAGGUCUACGUGGUGAGGAGUGGGACCCCUSUCGUGCACCAACACCACGAUGGAUGACUAUCCGAUGUAUGGGCUACUUGCGGGGUUCUCCCUCUGGGGGACCCUCUGGCGUCUCCUCUUUCCUCUGGGCUUUUGGCCCACUCUCACGUGUAGAGUAGGGCCCACUCGUGGUGGGACUUCCACCACCCCUUACACGAAGGAGGAGAAGGAGAAGAUGGCCGCCGUUCUGCAGGAGAAGAAGGAGAAGAAGGAGGCCAAGAAGAAGGCCUUGAAGGAGGAGCAGGCGGCCAAAUUAAAGAAGAUGGAAGAAGAGAUGGCCAGGGAGAAAGAGAAGUUGAAAAAGGAAGAAGAAGAGAAGCUGAAGGAGGUGGAUGAAGAAGAGGAAGGACCGCCACUGCAAAGGAGUAGUGGGCAGCCCAGUAGUACUACCGGUGGAGACUUAGAGAAGAGGAUAUCUGAAUGGGUUGCCAACCUGACUGUGGGAGAAGAGGAAGAGGUUAGUAUGUACAUCCCGCAGGAUCAGCAAGAAGCCGCCAUGAAGGCUUGGGAGGCAGAGAAAGACCCUCUGAAACGUCAAGCAUUGGAAGACAAGAAGAGGAUGGAAUGGAAAUUAGCGGUAAUGCGGGAGAAGAAGAGGAGAAUUGAUAAGGCAGCGGAGGCGGCAGAGGCCUUAGAGGAAGUGAAGAAUAUAGAGGCGCAAUUAGCCGCCCAGCCCGAUCUCCCAAAUCAAAUGCGAGUCAUAGCUCGAAGCGUUGCAUGCCUAGCACGGGUUCAGGCAGACCAAUAUGACUUUAGCAGAAGCCAGGACAUAGCGGUGCGCUCGAUACGGUUGGGCUUUCGAGACUUUGCUCGUGAGCUGGUAGGCGCCGUUGGAUUCGAGACUAGUGGAGAAUUGUGGUUGCAUGUGCGCGUCGUCUUCUAUAACUACUACAAGCAAAAUCACGAUGAAGAUGAUGAUAAUCCUCCACCAGAAGUCCCAACAAACAUUCGCCAGCUAUUAGAUCGAUUCCCUGAAGUUUUGGUCGAACCUCGUAAAGUUCCCGAGCGUCCGGUCAAACACAAAAUCGAAAUAAUAGAGGGAAGUGUUCCUCCAAAGGGCUGCGUCUACCGUAUGGGACAAGGCGAGUUGGAGGAGUUGAGGAGGCAGAUUGAUGACAUGAUAGACCGUGGAUGGAUUAGGCCUAGUGAGUCUGAGUUUGGUGCACCUGUCCUGUUUGUGCCAAAGAAAGGAGGCAAACUCCGGAUGUGUAUUGACUAUCGUGGCCUCAACCGAAUCACCCGAAAGAAUGCUUAUCCUUUGCCUCGCAUAGAUGAUCUGCUAGAUGCGGCAGGUGGGUGCAAGGUCUUCUCCAAGAUCGACCUCAAGUCUGGUUACCACCAGAUUGAAGUUGAUCCGAGUGACCAGCACAAAACUGCAUUCAAAACACGCGAUGGGCUGUACGAAUUCAUCGUUAUGCCCGUCGGUCUUACGAAUGCACCGGCCACAUUUCAGUGCCUCAUGGACAAGGUACUUCGCCAUCAACUCAACACGUUUGUGGUUGUGUACCUUGAUGAUAUCCUGAUCUUCAGCAAGUCCAUGGAAGAGCACGUCAAGCACCUUGAGGAGGUCUUGCAAGUCCUCAAGGAGGCAUAGUUGCACCUCAACUUAGAAAAAAUCUGAGUUUGGAAGGGACAGCGUCAUCUAUCUUGGGCACCGGUUGUCUGCAAACGGCCUUGAGCCGGAGGCAACCAAGGUUAAGGUCAUCCGAAAGUGGCCUCAACCAGCAAAUGUACGCGAGCUGCGUUCUUUCCUGGGUUUGGCCUCAUAUUACCGAAAGUUUGUGCCCAAAAUUUAUGUCAUUGCUCACCCACUCUCAAGACUAACAAGUAAGAAUGUUGCCUAUGCGUGAUGUGAGAAGUGUGAGACUGCGUUCCAAACCUUGAAAGAGGCAUUGGUGAGUCAUCUUGUGCUCCGCAUUGCGGAUCCCAACCUCACAUUCGUAGUCACUACAGACGCGAGCCAGUUUGGGAUUGGUGCAGUGCUGCAACAAGAUGAUGGUGAUGGCCUGCGUCCGCUCGAAUAUUACAACAAACGCAUGCCCAACCA